AUGUCUCACCAUGCUGAAUUCAUGGCUGUCCUCCCCGAGGAUGUCCGUGCUAAGGUCAAGGCCCUUCAUGCCGAUGACUCUCUCGGACACUUGGAGCGUUUCGACAAGGUGUCGGAUCUGAUUCUGUCGCUGCCAAAGGACACUCAGGACAAGCUCCUCGCCCUUCCCCAGCCCCCAUCAAACCCCUCCGUCCCAGCCGAACUGCAGGCCAAAUUCGACGGUAUCCACAAACUGCCAACGCUGAAGGAACGAUUCGCAAAGACCAGGGAGGUGAUCGCCUCUCUCCCUGAAGAAGUCCGCGACAAGAUCCGCGCCGAAAUCAAGUCCAAAAUGGGCCUG